AUGGAGCUGCCUCUUGGUCGCCAAUGUGUGGAUCAUUAUAGAGGCUUGAAUAGGUAUUGUGUGUUCUCUCAUGAUGAAAUGAUAUGUAAAAUGGCCAGCAAAGCAGACAGUUUGGAUGUGGUCUUGGCUUCAACUGUGCAGAAGGACCUGGCAGUAAUGAUUGAAGAGGAAAAGACCCUUCGAGAAGCAGUCCAUAAGAUGGGUGUGAUUGAUUCAGAAAAAAUUAACCUUGAGCUUCUAGCAGAUGAUGAACGUCAGUGUGUAAAGUGUAAAACCACCUGCUUCAUAUCAGCUGUGUAUUGUCCUUGCACUCCUGGCUCACUUGUAUGUUUGUAUCAUAUGGAAGACCUGUGUUCUUGCCCACCUUACAAGCACAUUCUUGGGUAA